GACCGAAAAAAGAGGCCACCGAGCUUUACUCUAAAAUUAGAUUAUGGUCCCAAAAUUUAUUGAUAAACUGCUGCAUCUAAGAAGAGAAACAUGUGAAUAGAUACAAAAACUGACCAUACAAAAAGUUCUAUAUACAUAUAUAUUUGGCUCUUGCCUUCAGGAAAAUUCAGUACUUGAGUCAUUCUAUUUCCACCUCUCAUAUCUCUCAAUAAUGGCUUCCCUUAUUCCACAUGGUCCUAUUGAUCAUGAAUUUAGACCGAACUCAGCAAUACCACAGAAAACUCUCCAAGACAUUGAAGCCAAUACUACUAUACUGGAGAUAGAAGCAUCAUCCAAUAUUAAUGCUUCGAAAAUGAUCAAUGGAGGAGGAGAAGCUUCAGGUUGGAAUCAGAAGAAAGAGAUGGGUAUGUGCUUGACUUGGAAGGAUCUAUGGGUGAGUGCCUCCAUGGGAAAGCAUGGAAGCAAACCAAUUCUUCAGGGUUUAACUGGUUUUGCCAAGCUAGGUCAGCUCUUGGCCAUAAUGGGUCCUUCUGGUUGUGGGAAAUCUACACUUCUCGAUGCUCUGGCAGGGAGAUUAAGUUCAAACACAAAACAAACAGGGGAGAUUCUGAUCAAUGGUAACAAACAAGCACUGGCUUAUGGAACUUCGGCAUAUGUGACACAAGAUGAUACCUUAAUGACAACCUUAACAGUAAAAGAAGCAGUGCAUUAUUCAGCUCAACUUCAAUUGCCUGAUUCCAUGUCCAAGGCAGAGAAGAAAGAGAGAGCAGAGUUUACAAUCAGAGAAAUGGGUCUGCAAGAUGCCAUUAACACACGAAUUGGAGGUUGGGGAAUUAAAGGAAUUAGUGGCGGUCAGAAAAGGCGCGUUAGUAUCUGCAUAGAGAUUCUAACUCGCCCUAAACUUCUAUUUCUUGAUGAACCAACUAGUGGAUUGGAUAGUGCAGCUUCCUAUUAUGUCAUGAAAAGAAUUUCCACAUUGGAUAAAAAAGAUAGCAUUCAGAGGACUAUUAUUGCCUCAAUUCAUCAGCCUAGUUCAGAAGUUUUUCAACUCUUCCACAACCUUUGUCUUCUAUCUUCAGGCAAAAUAGUUUAUUUUGGACCUGCUUCUGCUGCAUCUGAGUUUUUCGCUUUAAAUGGUUUUCCAUGUCCUACUCUCCAGAAUCCAUCAGAUCAUUUACUAAAGACUAUAAACAAGGAUUUUGAACAGGAUGUUGAGGUUGGUUUAGAAGGGACUGGAACUAUACCCACAGAAGAAGCCAUUCGUAUCCUUGUGAACUCAUAUAAGUCAUCAGAUAGGAACCAAGAUGUUCAAAGUGAAGUAUCAGUAUUAUCUGAAAAGGACAAAAGUUCAGCAUACAACAAGAGAAGGCAUGCUAGCUUCCUUAAUCAAUGCAUAGUUCUUACAAGAAGAUCGUCAGUUAACAUGUACCGUGAUCUAGGCUAUUACUGGUUACGCCUUGGCAUCUAUAUUGCCUUGGCUAUAAGUGUAGCCACUCUCUUCAUAAAUCUGGAUAAAAGUAAUGGCUCAAUUCAGGAUAGAGGUUCACUUCUUAUGUUUAUUUCUUCAUUCUUUACUUUCAUGACCAUUGGUGGAUUCCCUUCCUAUGUGGAGGACAUGAAGGUAUUUGAACGUGAAAGGCUAAAUGGGCAUUAUGGUGUUACUGCAUAUGUAAUUGGCAACACUUUUUCAUCCAUCCCAUACUUGUUGCUGGUUUCAAUAAUUCCUGGAGCUAUAGCUUACUACCCUCCUGGUCUCCAGAAUGGAUAUGACCACUUUCUAUAUUUCCUUGCUGUUCUGUUUUCUUGUCUAAUGUUAGUUGAGAGCCUUAUGAUGAUAGUUGGUAGCAUUGUCCCAAACUUUCUAAUGGGUAUCAUAACUGGUGCUGGAAUUCAAGGAAUCAUGAUGUUGGGUGGAGGGUUCUUCAAAUUGCCAAAUGAUCUUCCAAACCCAUUUUGGAGAUACCCUUUGUUCUAUGUUGCAUUUCAUAGAUAUGCCUUCCAAGGAAUGUUCAAAAACGAGUUUGAAGGACUUAAAUUUGCUAGAAAUGAAGAAGUUGGUGCUGGUGCCUCAUCAUCAAAUUACAUUAGUGGUGAAGAGAUUCUGAGAAGUAGAUGGCAAGUGGACUUGAGUUACUCAAAAUGGGUUGAUCUUGGAAUUUUGCUGGCCAUGAUUGUUCUGUAUAGAGUGUUGUUUUUGGUGAUCAUCAAAACUACUGAGAAGCUGAAACCAGUUGUUCUAUCAUUCAAAUCGGUUUCUCCCAAGAAAACAAUGCAGAUCAUCGAGAAUCCUAAUGCCACUCCUUUGAAAGAUGAGUGUUAGAAGUCUCGCAUUAGCUAAAGAUAGAUAGUCUUUAUAAGGAUAGUGCAAACCUCAACUCUUGAGCUAGCUUUUGUGGUUGAGUAUAGACUUUCCAAUUUCUAAUAGUGAGGUUUUGUAAUUAAGUGCAUUCAAUAAUGUUUGGUCGAUGUGGUUUUAACAAGAUGAAUUUAUAACCAAAAGGGGUUUGGCUAGUGGAAGAAUUCUAGGUCCGUAAGACUUGAGAGUGUGUAUAGAAAUACUGAUCUAUAAGGAGAUCCCAACUCUAUUCCUUGGAAAUAUAUCCCCUUGGAAACGAGGUUUACGCAUAUAACUUUAGUCUUUGGGGCUGUAAAGUUCUCUCUAGAGUUGUCGUCAUCCAAAAAAAAAAAAUCCACAUAGAUGGUGUUUUGAUUUUGCCUGUAUGAUGUAACAUUACUUGCAGGAUUGUGAUGUAAUGAAAGUGUAGCAAAAUAAUAACGCAAGUAGCUCAAAUAAACAUUUUAUUA